AUGCUUUCCAGAACUCUCAGACAACAAACCAGAUCUUUCCAUUCUACUAUCCGCAAAAUGGGUGUUACUAUUCAAUCUCUUGCUCCAGGCGAUGGCGUCAACUUCCCCAAGCCUGGCGACCACAUCACCAUCCACUACACUGGCACUCUUGACAAUGGUUCCACCUUUGACUCUUCUCGCACUCGUGGUGCUCCCUUCCAGGCUGUCAUUGGUGUUGGCCAGUUGAUUCGUGGCUGGGACGAGGGUAUUCCUAAGCUUAGCGUUGGUGAAAAGGCCGUUCUUAAGAUCACUCCUGAUUACGGCUACGGCGCCCGUGGGUUCCCUCCUGUGAUUCCUGAGAACGCUAACCUCACUUUUGAGGUUGAACUUCUCAAGAUUAACUAA